AUGUCCCGAACAAAGUGCUCGCGCAAGCGUAUGUGUCGAGUGCCGGAGACGCGGACAGGGUCGUGGGCAACUGCGGCAGCGGCUUCAUUGUCAGUAAAAAUGUGAGCCGGUGCAACAGGUUGGACAUGGAGCUCCUCGAGCAGCUGACUGAGGUAGAUCCCUUCCUUGCCAGCAUGCGAGAGGGCGAGGUAUUCAGCGUCGGUGGUAGAAUCGGCAACUCGAGAUUGACGCUUGUGUGAAGAGUCCACUCUCAGCUCGACAGGGGCGCCUCGGUCGUUGCGCGCGCCUGCUAGCCUGGCCCCUGUGGUGGGGACUUAGGCGCGCGCGAGUGCCUCAGCGCGCCGGCGCCGGCGGUUUUCGGGCGCGCGCCGCUAGCCCGCCCUUGCAGUGGGGACUUAGCCGCGCGCGACUGCCUCAGCGCUCCAGCGAUUUCGCCCGCGCCUGGGCAUAUCCCAGCGCGGGCCCCCUUUCCAUUUCUUAGCUUCCUUCUCAUCACUUCUGUUCGACUCUCGACUUCUCCUGACAGUAGUGGUGAUCAUCUCAUAGGUACGCUGAAAUAGAUCACUUCUGUUCGACUCUCGACUUCUCCUGACAGUAGUGGUGAUCAUCUCAUACGCCUUUGUUGCCGCCUCCGGUCACCCGAUCACGCUUACCGGCGUGCUGCACACCCCGGGCCUGUCUGUCAACCUCCUCUCGGUCUCUCGACUUUGCGACACCGACGAUGUCCGUGUCGCCUUCACGAAGCACGGCAUCCAUAUCGACAAGAACGGCAAUGCUAUCGCUGAAGGCGCAAGACUCGAGGAAGGGCUCUACUUGCUGGACGCUGAUCAUUCCAAAUGUCAGCAUCUCGCUCUCCUCUCUCGCUCACAGUCUUCCGUGCCCCUGCUGACCCUUCACCGCUGCCUCGGCCAUCUCGCACCGUCGUCCAUACAGAAGAUGGUUGCCGCUGGUUUGCUGGAAGGUCUCGGGGCCGGAUAUAGUGACGAAGAGGUAGAGAAGUUUGUCUGCAAUGCUUGCCUCAGUGCAAAGGGCCAUCGUCUUCCUUUUCCCGAUUCGGACUCGCACUCCUCAGAGAGACUCGGCCUCGUACACAGCGAUGUGCUUUCCUUUCCCGAGUCGUCCUUGACUGGCAAGCGUUACCUGGUCACGUUUCUUGACGACUUCUCGCGCAAACUGUGGGCAUACGCGAUCGGACACAAAAGCGAAGUCUUUGGCGUGUUCAAGACAUGGCUUGCCGAGGUCGAACUCGAGACGGGUGCAAAACUGAAGGUCCUCCGAACCGACAAUGGUGGCGAAUACUGUUCGAGAGCGUUCACGGAAUUCUGUAAGGCACGCGGCACACGUCGACAAUACUCUAUCCCUCGAACGCCUCAACAGAACGGUCGUGCCGAACGAGUCAAUCGUUCUAUCGUCGAAGGUGUCCUUGCCCUCCUUGCAGACGCCCACUUACCCAAAUCAUUCUGGGAGGAGGCAGCAGCUUAUUUCGUCUACUGCAAGAACCUGUGCGAACACUCGGCCCUGGACAAGGCAACACCGAACUUCGCCUGGCAGGGCGACCGCACCAACGCCUCGGCGCUUCACCCGUUCGGCUGCACGGCUUGGCUCACAGUCGCGCCUGAACUUCGCUCGAAACUCGACCCGAAAGCGGUUCGCGUUCUCUUCACCGGCUAUGACCUGGCUUCUAAAGCCUUCCGUUUCUACGACACGACGACCAAGAAGAUCAGUUUGGGCAGAAAUGCCAGGUUCCUCGACAACGAAUUUCCCGGGUUACGUAGCGACUCCACCGAGCAAGACGCCGACACGCACUUCGCCAGCGCUUGCCCGACCACCGAAUCCCAAGCCGUUGUCAAGACAUGGACCCCACUAGUAAGGUCGGCGCACAUGGACGUCUCAUCCUCUCUUGAUGACUCUGCCAUGAGCGCCGUUGACGUGGCCCCAGGGUACACUGGCGGAACCUUACUUAAUUCCACAGAUGCCGAAUCGUCCUCGUCACCGUCUCCUGAGCCGUCCUCGUCACCGUCGCCCGCAACCCCCUUGUCACCGUCGCCUGCGCUGUCACCGUCGUUGGCUGCGUCAUCGUCACCCUCGGCCUUACCGACCGACUCUGACUACUCCGCCGACCCUCUGGACCUCAUCGGCUCACAGACCCCGACUCGCCUCGGCCCACCGGACGUGCACCGCCCAGACUUCAGCACGUACCGUGAGCCCGCAUCGGCUGAGGAGUCGCCCGACGAACUCGACAUCAUUGGGCGCCACUCGCGCGAUGAAUCGCCGGACGAAAUCGAUUUCCUCACCCAACACCACCGCGCCUUCAUCGCCACCUAUUCGAUCAACUCUACUACGUCAGCGAUGUAGUUAUAGCCAAGAGUGAUAAAUGCAUUUCAACAUACCUAUUCGAUCAACUCUACUACGUCAGCGAUGUAGUUAUAGCCAAGAGUGAUGAAUAG